AUGUCAGCCAAAAAAUCAAUCGUUGAAUUGAUUAAUAAAGCAGUUCAGGAGCAAUCGGCAGAAUGUACAGUUCGAAUGUUACAACACCCGAAGUCGAGAGACAAUCACCUGAUGAACUUGAUGAAUGAUCAAAGAAGGAAUAUAUUCGUCAACCUGGUAAUUUAUCAAGAAAUAUUAAUGAAAAAUAACGUUAUUAAGAUAGCAAGCGAGUUAGAAGGAUAUGAAACUGAUAUGGUGACGAAACAGAUGUGGAAAGCCCUCAUAAAGCAACUCAACAACCAUCUGAGGCAGUUGUUACUCGAGGAAAAGAUAAUACUGCAAAUUAUCAAGCUCACAGGCAGUAUGAUCAAACUGGUUAUCGAAAAAAUGUUCAACGACUUCGUCAGUAAGAUCAAGGUUCAGCUGAACCAUCAAUGA